AUGGCUCUCCUCACCAAGAGGAAGAAUGCCGGCAAAUCUGGAGACAAAGCAACAGACAAGACACAGUUCUACGAAGCAGGAACGGACGAGUCGAAAGAGAGGCUACGAGAGGAAGUAACGCAAUUGAAGCAGAAAACGGAGCGCCCGUUCUAUAAGACAGGCCGCUUUCUCUUUCCACUUGGCAUUUUCUUUGGAACACUGCUAGGACUUGCUUUUGUUGAACCUAAAGACAUCGAAGACCUUCAGCUUCAAGUCUCAACGCUUGUAAAUCAAUACGACAUCAAUCUCCCCCAAUUGCCAGGCUUCGACCUCUCUCGAGUGGAAGCCGAGUGGACGCGUUUCCGGAAUAGUGUCCCCGAGUUCUGGAAAUUCAACAACGAUGGUCGAGAAUUUCAAGUUGGAGAAGCAAUGAAAGCGCGGGGUCUGUCGGCUCAAUUUCCGGUGGUUCUCAUUCCCGGCAUUGUGUCUACCGCUCUAGAAUCAUGGUCAACGGCCCCUGAAUACCGUCCUUUCUUCCGUGAAAAAUUAUGGGGUGGCUUCAAUAUGCUCUCUCAGGUCACUUUCAACCGGGAAAGAUGGAUAUCUGCCAUGAUGCUUGACCCUGUUACUGGCCUUGACCCUCCAGACGCCAAAAUUCGAGCAGCAGAGGGUAUAGACGCAGCCAGUUCUUUGAUUCAAGGUUACUGGAUAUGGUCAAAAAUCGUCGAGAACCUGGCCGUUGUAAACUACGACACGAAUAAUCUGUAUCUUGCACCUUACGACUGGCGGUUGUCCUAUUACAACCUUGAAGAGCGCGAUGGGUACUUCUCCAAGUUGAAGUCGACGGUUGAGAAUCUCAGGCAGCGCCAACGCAAGAAGGUUGUUAUUGCUGCGCACUCAAUGGGAUCUACUAUUUUGUUGUACUUUUUCAAAUGGGUGGAAUCGCCUGAUCAUGGCAACGGAGGGCCGACAUGGGUAGAGGAUCAUAUUGAGGCCUAUAUCUCGAUCGCAGGAACGCAUUUGGGUGUCGCUAAGGCCAUGGCUGCCUUCUUGUCAGGCGAGAUGAAGGAUACAGUACAGAUGCACCCAGCUGGUGCUUAUGUUUUGGAGCAUUUUUUCUCUCGUAAAGAGCGGCAAAACCUGUUUCGGAGUUGGGCUGGUAGUGCCAGCCUGUGGAUAAAGGGUGGCAACGUCAUUUGGGGCAAUGGCACGCACGCAGCUGACGACGAAUGUGAUGCCUCACAUAGUCACGGGGAACUCAUUGCGUUCAGAGAUACCGCCCUCCCAGAUAACGACCCGGAGAGAAGGAACAUGACCGCCGAAGACGCUUCAAACUGGAUUUUGGAGCAUACGCCGUCGACGUUCCAGAAAAUGCUUCAAGCACAUUAUUCUUAUGGCAUUGAACGUGAUGAAAGGCAGUUAAAGCGGAAUGACGCCGAUCAUAGAAAGUGGUCCAACCCGCUGGAAGUGCGGCUUCCAAAUGCGCCAUCUAUGAAAAUUUACUGCGUGUAUGGCCAUGGCAAAGAAACUGAGCGUUCAUAUUGGUAUGCGCGCGGCCAAUAUGAGAGAGACGAGAUCACACUGGAUGCUGUGAACGCCUCGCGAAGUUGGAUAGACGCGGCGUACACCAACGAGACUGCCCUGCCGAAGACACGGAACGGCGUUAAGAUGGGUGAAGGCGAUGGGACCGUCAGUCUCCUGAGUUUAGGCGCGAUGUGUGUCGAGGGUUGGAAGCGUAAACAAUGGAAUCCCGCCGGUAUCAAGAUCACCACAGUCGAGCUGCCUCAUCGCCCAGUUGCGACGAUUCCUCGUGGCGGUGCUAAUACAAGUGACCACGUCGACAUCCUUGGUUCCACAGGCUUGAAUGAAAUUAUUCUCAAGGUGGCAACUGGCGUCGGCCACGAGAUAGAAGACAGUUUCGUUUCGAAUAUCAAGGAAUAUGCGCGUAAAAUACAGUGGGACUGA